AUGUCCCUCUCGCCGGCGCAAGGCGCGCCGCACGACGACGCCGCCGGCGCCGCCUCGCCGGCCGAGGGCGGCUCCAAGUUCCGGCGCUUCUUCAAGAAGUUUGGGCGGCGGCCGUCCGAUGAGGCUGUGGCCGGCACUGAGGGCGCCGCCAGCGAGACGCACGAGCGCGGCGCGCGCGAGCGCUCCCAGUCGGCGUCGGACGCCGGUGCGCUUGCGGCCGCUGGCGGCACGUCCAAGGCGGCCGCAGCAGGCCAGGCCGCGGCCGGAGGCACGGUGACGGGAAAGACUCAGCGGCGGCGUGCAUCCAAGGGCGCGGCCGAGUCGCGCGGCAGCACGCCCAAGGCGCGGCGCAGCUUCUUCGGCAGCAGCAGCGGCAAUGCCAACGCUGCGCCCGCCAACGGCGCGUCGGUGCCUGUCCCUGCGCUGCCGGCACAGCUCGCCACGACGCCCGAUCCACCAGCCACGCCGACGCCCGGCGCAGAGCUUGGCUUUGCGGCGCCGCGCGUGCCCGACCUGGCUGGCACGCUGCACCUGCCGGCCUCAGCCGCGGCCGAGGGACAGUCGCCGUCGCAGCUGCUCGCCGCUGAGCACGGCAGCGGCGGCGCCAAUGGCAUGCCGCGCUCGCCGCCGCCGCAGCUCGAAGGCCUGCCGACGCACGAGGCCUUGUUGCCCGCAGAGAUCCUGGCGUCUUCGACCGCGACGGGCAUCCCAGGUGUCCCGGCCGUGGAAGAGACGCUCGGCCCCGACGCUCUGCCUGCGCCCGGUGCAACGGCCGCUCUCGCCGUGUCGUCUGCGCCGCAGACUCACGAGGCUGGCGAGCCGGCAGCAGUCGCGCCGGCGCACCCGGAGGAGCACAGCUUUGCUUCCUCGCGUGACACGCACGACGACGACAGCAGCGUCGAGUACCGCGGGCUGGCGCGCGAUUCCCUCGACGCGCGCACGAUGGACACGGGCAAGAUGAGCCGCGCCAGCACCAAGCCGACGACGCUGAUGAGCCUCGAGCGCGAGCCGAGUACUACGAUGGCUGGCAUCGCAACGCACCGCCGCGGCGAGUCGAGCCACGCCGGCGGCUCGCCCGAGCUGGAGCGCCGCGAUGGCGCGGGCAACGCACAGCAGGGCAGCGCGGCGCCCGCCAUUUCGUUUGUCGAUCCCAUCCCGCACGCCAGCGGCGCCGUGCACGACGAGCCGUACGUCUCGGUGCCGUCGCACUCGCGGCCGCACCCGUCGAACAACCCGAUGCCGCACGGCAUGCCGUCGGACAAUGCCAGCGUGCUCACGCUUGCGUCCUCGACGGCGCCGGCGUCGAUCGGCGGCCACACGGGCUACGCCGCCUCGUCGCGCCACGGCCACCAGGCGGCCGGCUCGCUGGGCGGCGCGCGCUCCAUCGGCGGCAGUCUGAUGGGCGAGCGGCGCAACUCGAGCGACACGUACGCCAGCAUGAAGGCGCUGCCGCCGCUCAGCCGCCGCGGCAGCGACGCCAGCUCGCGCACGGGCCGCGACAGCGUCGCCGCCAGCGUCGCCGCCAGCGUCGCCGCCAGCGCCACGGGCCUCAGCUCGGCGCAGGCCAUGUCCAGCGGCGCCAGCGGGCGCGACAUUGCUGCGAUGGGCGGAGCCAGUGGGCGCGACAUUGCCGCGAUGGGCUACGUAGCCGGUCCGGGUGCGCCGGGCGACCGCAUCAGCAUGCACCGCACGCCCUCGCAGCGCACCGUCGCCACGCAGCUCUCGAUUCCCUUUUCCUCCUCGAUGGCCGCCGCAGCCCAGGCGGCGCCCGAGGCCCAGCACCGCGCCGCUGCGUCUUCGCUGUCGCAUGUCGCGGCCGCCGACGGCGGCGCGGAGGACGGCACGGUGGACACGACGGUCGAUGCGGAGCCGGCGCCGGCGGAGACGCACGAGGCGGUCACGCCGGCGCAGCAGGGGCAAGCGGCGGCGGCGUGA